AUGACAUUACAGCCUAGCAAAACAAACCAGCGCCCCCCUCGACCAGCUCUCUUCCAGGGCCCGCCCUCUCACAACGCUUCGAAUCUGUCCCUCCCGCCCGGUCUCCUCAACUUACCUCAAGGGUCCGCCAGUAGAGCGUCAUCCAUAAAAGGGACCCAGGCCUCUUCGGUGCGCCAUGGCACUUCAAAAAGUUUCCGUGGUGCUGCUCCGGAGCUAGGUUCACCCUUUCUUCGCCCCGCUCGAUCCUGCGGUCAGGCCGAAAUCGACUCUGGGGACGCCGUGUGGGAAGAGAUGCAGAGCACUCUCGCCGAGGUGGAGUUGAAUGCCGCAAGCGGAGACCAUGUGUUUGGUGCAGAGCAUUCCAGAGCCCUCGAGGAACUGCGGGUUAAGCAGUUGGCGUUGGCGCAGGCGUGGGCGAGAAGUGAGGCAGAUGAAGUGGUCGAGAGCUCGGCGAGCGACUCUGGGAUGAAAGGACCGGAGUCUGUAGGGCGUGCGUCCACGGAAACAGAAGACCGUUCGCCUCAUAACGUGUUGGAUGAGAAGACGGAAAAGGAUAUCUUCUUCGCAAGGAAGAGGAGAGAGGCCAACGACCGAUAUUUUGAACGGGUGAAUAACAGUGUCUUGGACGUUGUGGCGAAACUCAAUGAGGUUGCCAAUGCUAUGCGGGCCGUGGAGCGUGAGAGCAAAGAGAUUUGGAGCGAGAGCGAAAGUAUCAGCUCCGCAGUGCCAGAUGGCUGA